ACGACACCAAACACAGAAGCAGCGACCACCCCAUCUACAACCCCAACACUUUCGUACGCACAGUGAGUAACGUAAGAAGUGGGUGGUAGGCGUGGGCGUGGGUAGUGGCGGAGUUGGUGCCAAUUCCCUUGUUAUUACUUGCUACGAUUGCCGACUAGUCUGUCUCAUUGUGCGCACUUCACACUCACCCGCCCCCUCGCGCACGCUAGCAUCAUCUCCAUCCCCACCCUCACCCAAUCCCACUUCAGGCGGUUGCCCCCUCAUAAACACUAGCUCCCUCCCUGGACCUCGCUAUGUCCAUUAUAACAACAACAGAAGCCACCAAUUUCCCAUUCUCUCCUUCUCCUUUACUAACCCACGCCUCUCCUUUCCUCUCCUUGUCAUCCUUCACACACACCCACAACCAUGGAAACAACACCUUCUUGUGCGACUCCCAAGCGUGUCCCGCCGCCAUGCUGGACCCAAGAUGAGUCACUUGCCCUAAUCAAAGCUUACUGUGACAAAUGGUACUCCGUCAACCGUGGCAACCUCCGCGCCGCCGACUGGGAGGCCGUCGCUGUAGCCGUUCCACCUAAAUCGUCCCUCCAGUGUCGCCACAAGAUCGAGAAGCUUCGGAAACGGUACCGUGUGGAAAAACAGAAGUGCCUUGAGUACCCAGGUCGGUUUUUCUCUUCUUGGGAUUUGUUCCCUUUGUUAGAUUCAUUGGAAAUCGGGUCUCUGGGGUCCAAAGGAGACCAAGAAAUCGAUAAUGGGAAUGAUGUUGGAGAUGGGUUUCGCGUGAAAACGUUAGGAGACAGGUAUUUGCUGACUACUCAAAAGAAUGGGAAAACCAAUGGGGAUUUGGACCCAGAUGAGGAUUUCGGUUUGGAUCCAGAUCUUGCUUUUCGGGCUGCGAAAUAUAGCAAGGUUCACGGGGGCUUUAAUGUUCAUGGUGAUUCUGAAAGUGGGUUUGGUUUUAAAUCUGUCGCUAAUAAGAAUUUGGUAUCUGUUGCAUUUAGACCCAAAGAUUAUGUUGGCGUUAAUGGGAAGUUAACGGCUAAUAUUGGUUUAAAUUGUGAUAAUGGAGGUGAGUUUGGUUAUAAAGUAGAAAAAACACGGGGGGGUAGGAAAGUUAUGCCCCAGGGAGUUAGAUUGCCGGAUUACGAAAUGAUUGCUAACAAUUAUGGCUCAUAUGUUAGGGAUUUUACUAAAGGUGUCCAUAGCUAUGGAGGGUUUCCGUUGAAGUCCUUAGGUGAUGGGAAUUAUAACACGAUUGACGGGAAGCCCACUCCUGAUUUCUGUGAUAAUGAUGAUCACGUGGAGAUUGACUACAGAAAUGAUAAAAGAGAUGAAUUUGGCAAAAAAGUUACUAAUGGCUGGAGUUACUCGCCUACAGGGUUUAGGCCAAAGAAUUGUGGCACUAUCGAUGGGAACUCGAGGUCCAAUGCUCGAUCUAGGGCCGUGAAUGGGUCUGUGAAUGUUGGGAUGAAUGGCAUUGGCGAUGGAGUUAAAAGAGAGACGGAUCCGAUUUCUUUGUUGGUGUCAGCAAUUGAGCAGGCUACAGAGAGUUUUGUGAAGGUGGAGAUGAUGAAAAUGGACAUGGCCUCAGAGAUUGAGAAAAUGAGGAUGGAAAUGGGGUUGAAGCAUAACCAGAUGAUACUUGAAUCGCAGCAACGGAUUGUGGAAACACUUGCGAAAGCAAUGCUGGAAAAGAAGAAGGAAAGGGAGGAAGUGGAGGUGCGGCCACCUAAUUCAAGCAGAAACGGAUAUUCUCAGGUUGCUGCAGUGGAUUUUGAAAGGAUUGGUAAAAGUAUCGUAAAAGAAGGCGAAGCUUGUUUUACCUGACUUUCAGAUCAAGCGCAAGUCGUAGUUGUUUUUGUUUCCUGUUAUUCUCAGGAGGAAUCAUUCUUUUGUUACCAAGUAAUGUUUGCAAUGAUCCCAUUCUCACCUGUAAAUAUUCUGCUACAGGAUGUUAGAUAUUCUUUUGAUCUCAA